AUGGUCCUCCACGUCUCAACGUUGCGUGCUCGCGUGGCGCAAGUUGUCCGUGCUAAGGCUCUGCACACGGUCCGUCGCUGUGGCCAACACGGCACUCUGGACUGUCGCUACUUCUUCUAUGACAACAACGAGCGAAAGCAGUCGCCCUGGCACCAUGUGCCUCUGUUCGCCGGUAGUACCACCAUGCAGUCGCUAGACGCUUGUCAACCAGCUCUCUACUACUUUGUGAAUGAAAUUCCAAAAGGCUCGCGGCACAAGAUGGAGAUUGCAGGCGACGAGGCAUUUAAUCCCAUCAAGCAGGACGAACGCAAGGGCGUUCCUCGUCUUUAUCAUAGUGCUUCGCUGGUUAAUUAUGGCUGUUUGCCGCAGACGUGGGAGGAUCCACGGUACGUGGAUGAAGCAACGAAACACGGGGGAGACAACGACCCGAUUGACGUGUGUGAAAUAGGCACACGCGUCGCCGAAGUUGGCGCGAUUUAUCCCGUUAAGGUGCUUGGGAUUCUGGGUAUGAUUGACAGCGGAGAGACGGAUUGGAAGGUCAUUGCAAUCAACGCCAACGAUCCUCUGGCUGAGCAGGUUAAUGAUCUGAGAGAUUUGCACAAGACGCCGCUGCAUGAUGUCGUGUCGCAGGUGCACCGAUGGUUCCGGGAUUACAAGAUUCCAGACGGAAAACCGCCGAGUGACUUUGCAUUCAACGGAGAAGCUCAACCUAGGGAGUUUGCAGUCGAUGUGAUCCAGCAGACACACGAGAGCUGGAAGCAACUGACGAGGAACGAGGCAGUUGGCAACCCAAAACUCUGGACUAGUGUCUCUUGA